AUGGCUUCAAUAAUAUCGAUUAUUUCAUUUGUUAUUUUAUUAUUAGUUACAUAUAGUUAUUCUUUACCUGUUGAACAAUUAUAUGAUAGUUCAACAACUGAAUAUGAAUUUAUUUCUGGUACAACAAUGGUUGAUAAUGAAAAUGGAAUGAUGAAUAUGCCAGUAAUGUCAGAUGAACAAUCAACUUAUGUACCAGAUAUGUCUGAUGAACAAUCAACUUAUGUACCAAAUACGUCUGAUGAACAAUCAACUUAUGUACCAAAUAUGUCUGAUGAACAAUCAACUGAUAAUGUUGAAUUUACAACUGUAGAUCAAUUUGAAUAUCCUGAUGAUGUAUCAGUUCCAUCAACUACAGCGGAUGAUUUAGUAUUUACAUCAUCAUGGAUGACAGUCACUUCUGAAAUGAUGCCAUCAAAUGAUACAAAUAAUGAAUAUAUGUUAGAUGAUAAUACAUCUAUGACUAUGAAUACAGAAUCAACUACUCAAUUUGAUUCAGAAGUAACUAAUGUUGAAAACGAUGAAGUCGAAUUAUCAACAAUGUCAACAAAUUAUAAUGAAAUGGGAAUGCCAACAAAUUCUAAUGAAGUGGAAAUGUCAACAAAUAAUAAUGAAAUGGGAAUGCCAACAAAUUAUAACGAAAUGGAAAUGACAACAAAUUAUAAUGAAAUGGGAAUGUCAACAAAUUAUAAUGAAAUGGAAAUGACAACAAAUGUUCAAACAUCAUCUGUUGAACCUGAAUCACACAUGUUAGAAGUAUCAACAUCUGUUGAACCUGAAGUAUAUACUUCAACAGUAUCAUCAUCUGCUGAAACUGAAUCAGAUACACCAGAAGUAUCAUCAUCAUCAUCAUCUGAAGAAACUGAAUCACAUACAUUAUCACCUGUUGAACAUGAUUCACAUACAUCAGAAUCUUCAUCAUCAUUCGUUGAAAUGGAAUCGAGUACAUCAGAAGUACCAUCAUCUGUUGAACCUGAAUCACAUAUGUUAGAAGUAACAUCUGUUGAAACUGAAUCACAUGCAUCUGAAGAAACAGCAACAACAGUUGAUGAUGAUAACAAUGGUCAAUCAAGUGAAGAAUCAGAAACAUCGCAAUUUACAACUAUGUCAACUAUGACAGUUUUAGGUCAAGUCGAAGUACAUGUUGAAGAAGUUUCGAUUGACUAA